AUGCUUUGGCUCUUCUUGUGUAUCGUUUUGUGCUUAAGACAAGAGAUUGGGGGUGAAUGUGACAUCAAAUGUUGGAUUUCUAGACUUCAGCUUAAUCUUGGUCGUAUUGAUUUUGCCCAUAAUGGCACAAUAUUUAAUUACGGCAUAGCAUUGAAUAACAUUACAAUAUACAAUAUUGAUCUUACUAAAAUCAAUUCUUCAUACUAUCCAAAUCCAUGGAAGAUCGAAAAUGGAUUACUUAUUGAAUCAACAAUUACAACUUCAAUUGAUUUGGACUUAAAUGUUACACAACAGAAGCCUAUAAAAUUAAAUCCAGUUAUUGCCAAAAUACAUGCUGAAGUUGAUAAUAUGAAUUCACGUAUUGGUUUUCAUUUUGAGAAUGAUGCUCAUGGUCUCAUCACAAAAGUUACUGCACCUUCAGAUCAAUGCGGCUCAACGUUGACCAAUAUUAAAUUACAAGCACAUUUUGACCAGGCAUGGGAAGAAUUAAUCUAUGAUGCUGUUGAGCCUUUGAUUGAAUCUGUCCUCAAGAAAGAAAUUGGCCCAAUAUUUUGUAGUGGAUUAUUAGAUCCAGUUGUAUCAAACGUGUCUAGUAUUUUUAGCAACAUAAGUGACAUGGUCAGACCAUAUCUUGGAGAUGUUAGGCCAAUUGAUAUUCCAAUUGGGGAAGGAAUGUCAGAUUUGAGAGAAUCAGUUCUUAUUGAUACAUUAAGAUAUGUUUUAUCGAAUCUAACACAAGGCGAUGGUGAAUUUAACAUCAAUUCAUUGGUAAAUCGAUUCACAAACAAUACGGGAGAAUUUAAUUUGGAAACAUUAUUGAAUUAUUUCAAUUUAACAGAUCCAAUUGAUAUCAACAUUUCUUUACCAUUCUUGAAUUCAUCAUUAUACCUCAAACUCCUUGAUUUAAACAUUUCUGGCUUGAAUUCGUGGAAGAAUUCUACAUUCUUUGAUCCGAUCAGUGCUUACGUCAUUGAUUCGCACACAACAUUGGAUCAUUUCAUUUUCAACAUCUCUUUCUUUUAUAAUUUCUCUUUGUCAGAUUUUCAAUAUGCAGAAGAUAAUCUUUAUCUUACUGAAUAUGCUGAUAUUGAUAUAUCUUUGCAUGAUCUGUUCUUCAAAGUUUUGGCUCAAAUUGCUCAUAAAGUUGGAUAUGGAAUAAAUUUCACAGAUCCUGACUGUAUCAAUGAAGAUUGCCUUAAAUCAUUGUUUUCUGCAGAUGGAACAGGCAUAACACAGAUGAAAGUUAAUACUUUUGUUGAUUAUUUCGCAGUAAAUGCAACAAAAGGCGGAAUUGAAGAAAAUUUCAGAGAAUUUAUUAACAAUGCUGUGAAAUUCUUUGUUCAUAAUUAUAGAAACUUAUCUGGUCCAUUCAUUUCCAGUGUUUUACAAACAUAUGGCAUCAAAGCAGUUAAUAAUAUGAUUACUACUCAAUUAAAGAACGCAACAUGCCAUGAUCAACCAAAUGAUCAAAAAGUUGAGAUUAAUUCUGUUAUAACAUCAUCUGUUUCAACAGCUGCUCUUGUUUUAGCUCUGAUUUUCAUGAUUAUUGUUUGUAUUUGUUCUUCAAAGAUGAAAAUGAAGCCAGCAGAGAGCUUAGAAUCGCUUGAUAUGCUUCAAAACAUUAAUGAAGAAAAGCUUUCAUGCAUGGGAAGAUUCCUUAGAACAGAUUCCAAAUCAUCUUUGUUAAUGACACCGAAACUUUCAAAAUUAACAAGAUGUUUGAUUCCUUUCUUCCUUCUUAUCAACACAGCAGGCUAUAUAUCAUCAAAUACUGGUAUGGCUUUGUCAGUUUAUAUCAAAUUUUGGCUUGGCACCGAUAAACUCGUUGCAUUACCUCCUGUUCAUGAGUUCUCACUCUGGAAUACUGUUACACAGAUGUGGGAAGCCAAAACUUACUUGUUAGCAGUUUUAAUUUUUAUUAUGUCAAUUGUCUGGCCAUAUUCACAGAUGAUUGCUAUGUUACUUGUAUGGAUAUUACCAGCUACAGUCAUUACACCUAAAUGGCGUGAAUUAGUUUUGAUGACUCAGAAUAUCCUUCACAAGUGGAUAUAUAUUUGCACAUAUAUAGUCAUUCUUAUGCUUUUGGCAUUCAACUUUAACUUGGAUAUGCCAAUUGUCAGUAGUUUAAUUUCGAAACCAUUUUCUAUUAACUUAUGGGUUUAUCCAUUGUAUGGAUAUACUUCAUUUAUAUUCUGUAUUAUAUUGACAUAUAUUUUAUCCCAUUUGAUGCUUUAUUUCGAAAGAAAAGUUGAUCAUCAAAUCGAAAUUGAAGAAAAAGAGGAUAAAAUGACAUUCCUUUCACGUGAAAACAACAUGUUCUCUCAUAUAUUUGUCCUUGUUAUGUAUCUUAUCUCUGUUCCUUUCAUGUUUAUUGGAAUGAUCAGAAAAUUCUUCAGUUUUGAGUUGGUUGGCCUCACAGGAUGGGCAUUGAAAGCGAUGCAAUAUCCUUAUAUAAAGGAAUAUUCUCCAGUAAGUUUGUUCUUAACUAUGCCUGAUCACGCGGAAAAACCAAAUUGCUUUACUAUUAGAUACAGCCAGAUUGUUUUUGGUCUUAUAACAAUUGCUGCACCUGUGUUGCAUUUGAUUUCACUGGGAAUUCUUUGGUUUAUUCCAAUGAUAUCGAAGAAACAAAGGUAUUUCCUUGUUUUUGUCGAAAUACUCUACAGUUGGUCAUGCAUUGAUGUAUUCGCUGUAUCUAUUUGUUCUGCUGUUAUGCAGAUAUCUCAGUUCGCAAGGUUCAUGGUUGGUGAUCAAUGUAACUGGAUUAAUCCUUUAAUUUCGCUUUUCUUUGCGGGUGAAGAUACAAUUAAAGGCCACGAGACUUGCUUUGAUGUAGAAACAAAGCUUUGCCCUGAAUCCUGGUGUCUUUUCGUUGGUGUUGUUUCUCAUGCUAUUUUGUCUUUCUUCACUGUGAUAUAUACCAGAAAGAUAAUGGCUAAGAAGGACCCAGCAUCAACUUAUACUGUCAUCGAAUAA